AUGUGCGGGAGAUACGUUCUAGCCCUGCGCCCGUCGCAGAUUCGGCGCAUGUUGGAGCAAGAUGAUAUGCCAGUUGAUGAAGCCCCUGAAGAUGAAGGCCAGGGAUCGCCACGCCAGACAUACAAUUUCGCACCGGGGUAUCACGGCGUCGUGUACCGUGCAGAUGUUCCAGACCGUGGAGCCAGCCAUCACCGCAGCCACAAGAGCACCGACCAGGAUCACCCACAGACAGACGCCAACUCAGAGAAGCCUCAAAAAGGUACUGACAAUGUAAAGUACAAGAUGCAGUCCAUGCAAUGGGGGUUGAUCCCAUUCUGGACCAAGCGCGACCCCGGCUACUCCACGCUCUCCAAGACAAUCAACUGCCGUGACGACUCGCUCAGCACUCCCGGCGGCAUGUGGUCGACCAUGAAGGCGGGAAAGAGAUGCAUCAUUGUCGCGCAAGGAUUUUAUGAAUGGCUUAAGACCGGCAAAGACAAGCUCCCACAUUUUGUCAAGAGGAAGGACGGCCAACUCAUGUGUUUUGCCGGCCUGUGGGACUGCGUCAAAUACGAAGACUCUGAGGAGAAGCGCUACACGUACACCAUCAUCACAACGGAUUCUAACAAGCAGCUCAAAUUCCUCCACGACAGGAUGCCGGUUAUUCUCAACCCGGGGUCGGAGGAAAUCAAAAUCUGGCUGGACCCCAAGAGGAACGAGUGGUCCAAGGAAUUGCAGGACCUACUGAAACCAUUCGAUGGCGAACUAAAGUGCUAUCCUGUCAGCAAGGAUGUUGGCAAGGUCGGCAACAACUCGCCGUCCUUCAUCAUUCCCGUAGCCAGCAAGGAGAACAAGUCCAACAUUGCCAACUUCUUCGCCAAUGCUUCGUCCAAGCAGAAGACUCAAGGUUCCAAGAUGGAACCUACUGUUGCGAUCAAAGAGGAGCCGGACAAAUCACAGCAUGCUGGAACGCAGCCGGUGCCGGAAGUAAUUGCAGAAGCGGCACAUGAUGCGGACAGCCAGGCGAAAGCAGGGAUUAAGCGAGAAGCCCCCGAUGCGGAGGUUGACGACGAACCACCAAAGAAGAUGGCGUCAAAAGCUUCACCUGCGAAGUCGAGACAGAGCAAGAUCAGUGCGACGAGCAACGGCAGCAAGAGCCCUGCCAAGUCCAAGCAGGACGGGACUCAGAAGAUUACCAAGUUCUUCGCCAAUAGUGCGUGA